AUUAAGCUUAAAUACACGGCGAAUGACAAGCUAGCAUGGCGUCCUCCUCAUACUAUCAGGAGAUGCAGGAGGUUUUCAGGAAUAACAAUAAAAGCAGAGAGUUCCCGGCUCACAGUGCUAAAGUGCAUUCGGUUGCCUGGAGCUGUGAUGGGAAACGUCUGGCGUCCGGAUCAUUUGACAAAACCGCCAGCGUGUUUGUCCUGGAAAAAGACCGGCUGGUGAAGGAAAACAAUUACAGAGGACAUGGAGACAGUGUGGAUCAGCUGUGCUGGCAUCCCACAAACCCUGAUCUGUUCGUCACUGCAUCCGGAGACAAGACCAUCCGCAUCUGGGACGUACGGACCACCAAAUGCAUGGCCACAGUCAGCACGAAAGGGGAGAAUAUCAACAUAUGUUGGAGUCCUGAUGGUCAGACAAUUGCUGUAGGCAACAAGGAUGAUGUUGUAACUUUCAUUGAUGCCAAGACACACCGUGCUCGUGGUGAGGAACAGUUCAAGUUUGAGGUCAAUGAGAUCUCCUGGAAUAAUGACAACGACAUGUUCUUCCUGACCAACGGCAAUGGCUGUAUCAACAUAUUAAGCUACCCUGAACUGAAGCUCAUACAGUCAAUUAAUGCCCAUCCGUCCAACUGCAUCUGCAUUAAAUUUGAUCCCACUGGCAAGUAUUUUGCCACCGGAAGUGCAGAUGCCCUGGUCAGCCUGUGGGAUGUGGAGGAGCUGGUGUGUGUUCGCUGCUUCUCCAGACUAGACUGGCCUGUGCGGACGCUUAGUUUCAGUCAUGAUGGUAAAAUGCUGGCGUCAGCCUCUGAGGACCAUUUCAUUGACAUCGCUGAAGUAGAGACAGGUGAGAAACUCUGGGAAAUUCAGUGCGAGUCUCCAACCUUCACUGUAGCGUGGCAUCCAAAGAGACCCCUGCUGGCGUACGCCUGCGACGAUAAAGAGGGCAAAUACGACAGCAACCGAGAGGCAGGGACAGUCAAGCUCUUUGGACUUCCCAAUGACUCUUAAGAACCAGUGUUUUUAGGUUGUUGUUUUUUUUUUUUUUCAGGCCUCAUUUGAGGUUUAAUGAAUAGUUUGUUUGAUUGACUUUGUAUUAGAUUCCAACUUAUUUUGAAGCAAAAGCUGUAAAUGGAUCAAAGAUAUUGUGAUGGUCUGUUCUCAUAUUACUUGAUGAGUUCCUGAAUGAACAAGCUCUAAAUUACAAGUAUAAAUAACUACGGCCUGCAGCUCAUCUUUAGAACAUAAGAAUGUUCAACUUUUUCCAAAAAAAAUUGCACUGUGCAUUUUAUCAUGUCUGUGUAGAGGACUUGAAAAUAAUUUGACUUGAAGCACAUGUUGUUGUUGUUU